ACGAUUUUGUUAGAUCUAUGCACCGAACAAGCUUCCAUGCUUUCGGUACGGCUUCUACAUUUCCCCAAUAAACAUCCUUCGAGCGAUUACCUGUUCUGCUCGUAUGGUCAGUUGCUCGGUGCCAACUUUCCAUCCCACUGGAUCGGAUGUAAUCUGAGUUUGAUCUAUAAAACUGAUCAGGAUGGCUACAGCCUCAACACGCUCUAUCGGAAAUCACAACACACCCAAGGUGGCGUACUGUUAGUCAUACGGGACACAAUGGGUACUGUCUUUGGUGCGAUUCUAUCCGAGGGGAUUCAUUGCAGCAAGCAUUUUUACGGGACCGGGGAGACGUGUGUGUUUCAAUGGGCUCCCAUGUUCAAGGUUUGUGCGAACCACCAUUCACUCGAUCGGUUUCGCUGUCCUUACCGCUCAUCAGACAUCCUUGUCUGGAAGGGU